AUGAUAAUAGGCUCACAAAAGCAUUGUGCCGCCGCAAACUUAACCACAUCAAAUUCAAAAGGUGGUGGAACUGAUUUUUCAAUUGCUGCAAUAAUGGCUCGUGGUGGUUUAAGUCGAGAGCCUUCGGAACGCAGCAUAAGUCCGUUGUCAAUCGAUCGAUUUGCUGAAGGUGAUGAUGAAGUCGAUGUUGAUGUUGAACAGUGUAGCGAUUCGGAAGCUCCUUCAAGGUCAAGAACCCCCAGAACUGCGUCAAAUAAUUCAAGAGCCACUCCAACUUCAGAAGAUGAAAGACUAACUCCUGAACCAGUAAGUAAAGAAGAAAAUUUCUUUGAAAUUGCAAAUAAAGUUAUUAACUUAAUGACUCUUUCUUUCUCUCUCGCUUUAUACACACAGAGUAAACCAAAAAUCGUUGGUUCGUGUAAUUGUGAUGAUUUGAGACCAGUACAGUGUCAUUUAGAAACGAAGGAGCUGUGGGAUAAAUUCAAUGAUCUGGGAACAGAAAUGAUCAUAACAAAAACUGGCAGGCGAAUGUUUCCAACAGUUCGUGUGUCAUUUUCGGGUCCAUUACGUGGUCAGUCAUCUGAUCGAUAUGCUGUUUUGUUGGAUAUUGUGGCUGUUGAUUCGCGUCGUUAUCGUUACGCAUAUCAUCGUUCAUCAUGGCUUGUAGCUGGGAAAGCUGACCCACCACCACCUGCAAGACUGUAUUCUCAUCCCGACACUCCAGUUGGAGCUGACGCUCUUCGGAAGCAAGUGAUAUCAUUCGAGAAAGUUAAACUUACAAAUAACGAAAUGGAUAAGAAUGGACAGAUCGUUCUUAAUUCAAUGCAUAGAUAUCAACCACGUAUUCAUUUGGUGCGUUUGACGCCUGGUCAAAACAUUCCCGUUACGCCAAAGGAGCUUGCCGAACUCGAUCACAAAACUUACGUGUUUCCCGAGACCAUCUUCACCGCUGUAACUGCGUAUCAGAAUCAAUUAAUAACUAAGCUGAAAAUCGAUUCGAAUCCAUUUGCAAAGGGAUUCAGAGAUUCAUCAAGGUUAACAGAUUUCGAUAGAGAUCCAAUGGACUCACUUUUAUUGGAACAACAUCUUCGAGCCCCGCUGAGACUCUUUCCGGAUCCCAUGAUGGCUCAAUUUAUGCCUCAAGACACAGAUGGUGCUUCAGCGGCGUUACUUGAAAAAGCUCGACAACAUUUGCAAAUGUGGGGACGAUCACCCUAUACGGAACUUCUUCUACCACAAAUAUAUCAACGACCAAAUAUCAAUGCAGCUCUAAACUUGGGACUUUGGCAGGGACAAUGGUCACCACAUUUAUCAGCUGCUGCUGGCUUUCUUAACAAUCAAGCUGCACUUCAACAGGCGGCUGCUGCAUCUCAACAACAACAACAACAAAUUAAAUGUACGUCACCCCCACCAGGACCGAUUUCGACACCAACAAGUUCGGGAUCACCAUCGCCUGAUAUUCGUGCGAAGCAAUUUUCACAACGAUUCAGUCCUUAUCAAUUAUCACCCGCGCCUCAUACACAAACUACAAGUCAACCGUUUACUAUGACUGUUUCGAAGCCUCAUCAAAUGCCUACGUCACCUCAAUCUCCGCAUCAUCGUCGUUCACCUUCAAAUUGAUAAGAGAAAGAAAACAUCGAGUGAUGUCACACAUUUGAUGUCCAAAGAUUGUAAUGCAUUUUCUGAAAGUACUAAGCUAAAUAUUGAGAUAUGUUUAAGAGUAGUGAAUUUAAAAAGGGAAG